AUGUCUUCGAAUAGACGUCAAGUACAUUUUAUACGUCAUGCUCAAUCUAUGUUCAAUAAGGCUCAUUGUGCUUACUCACAUGGACAAGCUGUUGAUAUCAAGUCACCUACCCUCGUUGAUGCUGGCCUAAGUGAGGAGGGGAAGCAACAAGCCAUUAAUGCCAAGACAAAAAUUAAACAACUCGACAUCGAUCUUGCUAUCACAUCUCCAUACGCCAGGGCUAUAUCUACUUGUCAUCUUGCUCAUGGCUUUCAUAAUGUGUUGGUGACUCCGCUUUGUGGGGAGAGGUUCGAGUCUGUUUGUGACAUUGGUACACCAAAAGAAAAGCUGAUGAAACGAUUUUCUGAGUUGGAUUUUGGUUCUAUAAAAGACAAUAUAUGGUGGUUUAAUCCUGGUAGAUUCGAAGACCAGGAAUCGGUUAUCAAGUGGUACAGGUCCCCACAAGUCGAUGUUGAAAAUGAUACCAUCCUUAAAAUUAGAGCGAAAGAGUUUUAUGACUUUCUUCUUGCAAGAACAGAAAAGAAUGUAGCAGUGUUUUCACAUUCACACUUUCUGAGGAAGUUUUUGCAUUGGCAUUUUGGAAGAGAAAAUUCAUUCAUUGCUAAUGCAGAAGUUAUUUCCUUCUCUUUACCUUGA